AAUUGCCACACGGUGGCUGGCUAAUUGGACGCCACAGGACAACCCACAGUGGUCGCCAUAUGCGUGCAUUUAUGGGCAUUCCUUUUGCCCUGCCUCCAGUGGGUGAGCUGCGCUUCCGCGCGCCCAUCGAGCAACCGGGCUGGCAAGGUGAACGUCUCGCUGUGCAGGAUGCGCCAAUGUGCAUGCAACGGGAUCCCUUUCGACGCGACACAAAAAUCGACGGUGUCGAGGAUUGCCUGUAUCUAAAUGUGUAUACGCCAGAUCCGGUAAUUGGAACGUCACUGCCUGUUAUGGUCUGGUUCCAUGGCGGUGGCUGGCAAUGCGGCUCAGGGAUUAGCAGCUUCUACGGUCCGGAGUUUCUGCUCGAGCAUGAUGUGGUACUGGUUUCGGCCAACUUUCGGCUUGGUCCACUUGGAUUCCUCAGCACGGAGACGUUGGAUUGUCCCGGCAACAAUGGACUCAAGGACCAGCUGGCGGUGUUGCGCUGGGUGCGUGAUAAUAUCGCCGCCUUUGGCGCUAAUGCACAAAGUGUAACUGUAUUUGGUGAGAGUGCCGGCGGAGCGAGUGUCACCUACCACAUGUUAUCGGAGCAGUCACGUGGAUUGCUGCAUCGCGCCAUUGCCCAAUCUGGCACCUACUUCAAUCCGUGGGCUCAGCCGGCGCACGAGGGUGUCGCUGCUGGGCGUGCCCACAAACUCACCGAGCUGAUGAACUGCUCCCAGUUUGGGGACGAUUGGUCGGCAAAAUUGAAGUGUCUGCGUGGCAAGCGUGCCGAGGACAUCGUCGCCAAGCUUUACGAUAUGUUUGUGUGGGAUUUCGAUCCCAUGAUACCAUUUCCACCGGUCAUUGAGCCGGAGCACACAGGUGCCUUUCUAACGCUGAGACCGCGUGAUGCGCCACUGCCACAUGGCCAGAAACUGCCACUGAUGAUAGGCGUGACGGCUGAAGAGGGACUACUGAAGACGGCGGCGCUGUUGAACUUACCGCAUCUGAUGGAUGAGUUUAAGACGUACUUCGACCAGCUGCUACCUCUGGUUCUUAACUAUGAUCAUCACGAGCUGGAGGCACAACAGCAGAUAACGCGGCAUAUCGAGAGUUUCUACUUUAAAGCCGGACACAACUACAACAAAUCCAAUCAUCAGAAUCUGACCGAUCUAAUCUCCGAUGGCUGGUUUGUGGCUGGCGUCGAUGAGUAUUUGAAGCUUCGCAGCAAGUCCUUAUCACCCACGUACGUGUAUUUAUUUGAUCACAAGGGCGCCGCAAGUUUCUCGGAGAUAUUUAAGGGCGGACGCAAUGAAUUCUAUGGCGCCUGUCAUGCCGAGGAGUUACAGUAUCUGUUUCCCAUUGGACAGCAGCUGUUUGUUAGCGCCGUGCCAACUCGUCAGGAUCUACAGCUGCGCGAACUGAUGCUCCGCCUGUGGGUGAACUUUGCGCGAACUGGCGAUCCAAAUCCGAUUCCGGGCACCAGCAACUUACCCAUCUGGCGACCCACGCCCACAUAUCCAGUGGAAUAUGCGCGCCUUGGCUCCAAAUUGGAUUCAGAUGGCGUUGAGCAGCUGCCGCCACUGCUGCGAAUGGAGGUGGCCCUGCUGCAGCAUCGUGCUGAUUUCUGGCGCGAUCUCAAAGCUCAUUUGCCUGCCAGUCGGCAGCAGCGGAAACACAAUGAACUUUAG